AUGUCAACGCUAUCUGGUUAUCACGCCAUGAUAGUUUCAAUGUAUUUUAAAACAGUUGAAGACUUUAUUAACAUAGAGUUUGUAUGCAAAAAAUAUCUCAACAAUAUGGGGAAGUUUCAUUUAAAUCCGAUUCCGUUAAAUCAUAAAACAAUAGGCCACUUUUUUAACAUCGAGACACUUAAUUUGUGGAACAAAAAUGAUGAAAAUUUUGGAAAUGGGUUUAUUAUCAAUUCUCGAUUUAAUGAAAACACUGAAAUCUAUGAAAAUAUUAAUAAAAAUAGAAAAAGCGUUUUAAAAAAAGAUUCUAUCAAAUCAAUGUGUGUGACAUCAAUUGGUGAGUGUUGUUUUAGUGAAUGCAACAGUCUUUGCAACGUGACAAUACCAUCAAAUAUAACAUCAAUCGGUGAAUAUUGUUUCAGUGGAUGCGACAAUCUAAGAGAUGUAACAAUUGGUCAGAGUGUGACAUUUAUUAAUAAUUAUUGUUUUAAUGAAUGCACCAGUCUCAGCAAUGUGGUACUUUCAACAGACAUUACAGCAAUAGGUGAUGACUGUUUUAAUGAGUGCAGCAGUUUGAGCAGAGUAAUUAUUCCAGCAAAUGUUAAAACUAUUGGCGUUGGUUGUUUUAGUGAAUGCACAAGUCUAAGCAGUAUUAUAAUACCAUCAAGUGUUACAUCAAUUGGUAAUUGGUGUUUCAAUGGGUGUAGCAGUUUGAAAGGUGUUACUAUAUCAUCAUGUGUAAAAUCAAUUGGCGAAAAUUGUUUCGGCGGAUGUUGCAGCCUAAGCAGUGUAACGAUACCAUCGAGUGUGACAUCAAUUGGUGAUGGUAGUUUUUACAUAUGCAAAAGUCUAGUUGGUGUUACAAUACCACCAAGUGUUAAAACAAUUGGUGUUAGUUGUUUUGGUGGAUGUAUCGCAUUGAAUAAUAUUAUGAUACCAUCAAGUGUAAUAUCAAUUGGUGGUUAUUGUUUUAAUGGGUGUAGCAGCCUGAAAACUGUUACAUUGUCAUUAGACUUGACAUCAAUUGGUGAUAAAUGUUUCUUCGAUUGUGAUAGUUUAAGUAGUAUUACAAUACCAUCAAGUGUGGUGUUAAUUGGUGAAAAUUGUUUUUCACUUAACACUACAGUUCAUCGUGAGUUAACAACGAAUAAUGAGUAA